GCGGGUCCCGGAUUAGCUGGGGCGGUGAGCGCCCGCCCACGACCCCGGCUCUAGCGUACUGGCGGAGACGGACGUGAGAGCUCGGCGCCCAGGGUUCGCCACCGGGCACUUGAGGGGCUUUGGCUCCUAGCCCGGGGACUCCUCAGAUUUCUCCUGCCCUUUUCCCCUCUGGCAGCGGAGGCGAGCACCGCGAACGCCGUGUCCCGAGCGCCGCCGCCUGCGGACGCCUCACGGGCCGGGAAGGGAUGGGGGUGAGGGGUUUCGGCUGCGGGUGAGGUGAUGUUCCCGGACCCACCCGGGUCCGACUGCUUGUUCUCGCCGUUCAGUAACGAGAUGCAGACAGACUGGGAAAGAACGGAGUUUAUUUCUGCAACAGGUUACAGGGAGAAGGUCGGAGUAACUCACCAGACCAACUCAAAAUUAUUAAUACAAGUUUUUCUAGUGCUUAAAUACAUUCAGUGCACUUACAAGUCGAAAGCCAAAGUGUUUCACUCAAUCCAGUCUUUAACCCUAAUAGGGUCAGGUGUCUAGACAAUUGCUUCAGAGCCUUGGAAAUAAUCUAAAGUGGGUCCUGGUACAAGGUGUGCAAGAACAACUCCAUUAUUUUAAUUAAACUCUAGGGGCUGAGAAAGCCCAGGUGGGAUCUUAAUGGACUUGUCUUUACAUUCUAGCCUUUCUCCUAAGACACCAGUGUCUCCAGUUCUCCUAAGGCACCAGUUUCUCCAAUGUUUAACUUAUAGAUGCAUCAGAAUGACAGUGAGGCGUUGGUGAGAGCUGCUCUGGUUGCUAAUGGAGAUCUGGCCUGCCAUAGUGGGAGCAGAGCUUGCCCAGUGCGCUGGGACGACUGCGGGCUCCAUCCAUUCCGCUCCCAGGACGGUUGUCGUCCAGGACCGUGCGCUGUCAGGUCCCCCGUGGGAUCCUUCCUGGAGCUUACACUAUAGUAGGAGGCAGCCAGUACUUGCAAGCACGGGAUCGCGGGAACUACGACCUCACCCAGGCCAGGCGACCUUUCUCUCAAGAAGGAGAUGUCAGAGGCCCCGCGUGACAUAGAGCUUCCGGGGACAGGGCUCCUAAUGUGUUUGUCAGCAUUUCUCCUUUCACGAUAAAGUACAGGAUCCUUUCUGGAAUGGAGGUCUUAUGAGCUGCUAUCGAACAAGAGCCUGUUGGUGACCUGCACCCAGGAGCCCUCCAGUCAGUACUGAUUGAAUGACUCAAGGCUGCCUCUCUGCAAAGUUGAGCACUACAGGACGUCGGGACUGGGCACUUCCUUCCAACAUGGCCGCCACUGCCUCUCCGCAGCCACUCACCACUGAGGAUGCCGGUUCUGAGAACAGCAGCUUCUACUACUAUGACUACCUGGAUGAAGUGGCCUUCAUGCUCUGCAGGAAGGAUGCUGUGGUGUCCUUUGGCAAAGUCUUCCUCCCAGUCUUCUAUAGCAUGAUUUUUGUGUUGGGCCUGAGCGGGAACCUCCUUCUUCUCAUGGUCUUGCUCCGUUACGUGCCUCGCAGGCGGAUGGUUGAGAUCUAUCUGCUGAAUCUGGCCAUCUCCAACCUUCUGUUUCUGGUGACACUGCCCUUCUGGGGCAUCUCUGUGGCCUGGCAUUGGGUCUUUGGGAGUUUCUUGUGCAAGAUGGUGAGCACUCUUUAUACUAUUAACUUUUACAGUGGCAUCUUUUUCAUUAGCUGCAUGAGCCUGGACAAGUACCUGGAGAUCGUUCAUGCUCAGCCCUACCACAGGCUGAGGACCCGGGCCAAGAGCCUGCUCCUUGCUACCAUAGUAUGGGCUGUGUCCCUGGCCGUCUCCAUCCCUGAUAUGGUCUUUGUACAGACACAUGAAAAUCCCAAGGGUGUGUGGAACUGCCACGCAGAUUUCGGUGGGCAUGGGGCCAUUUGGAAGCUCUUCCUACGCUUCCAGCAGAACCUCCUAGGGUUUCUCCUUCCACUCCUUGCCAUGAUCUUCUUCUACUCCCGUAUUGGUUGUGUCUUGGUGAGGCUGAGGCCCGCAGGCCAGGGCCGGGCUUUAAAAAUAGCUGCAGCCCUGGUGGUGGCCUUCUUCGUGCUAUGGUUCCCAUACAAUCUCACCUUGUUUCUGCAUACGCUGUUGGACCUGCAAGUAUUCGGGAACUGUGAGGUCAGCCAGCAUCUAGACUACGCACUCCAGGUGACAGAGAGCAUCGCCUUCCUUCACUGCUGCUUUUCCCCCAUCCUGUAUGCCUUCUCCAGUCACCACUUCCGCCAGUACCUGAAGGCUUUCCUGGCUGCCGUGCUUGGAUGGCACCUGGCACCUGGCACUGCCCAGGCCUCAUUAUCCAGCUGUUCUGAGAGCAGCAUACUUACUGCCCAAGAAGAAAUGACUGGCAUGAAUGACCUUGGGGAGAGGCAGUCUGAGAACUCCCCUAACAAGGAGGAUGUGGGGAAUAAAUUAGCCUGAGUGACCAAAUCUUGGUCUGGUGGGAACAGAUGGGAACCAGCUCAAUUGGGCGUCCACUCAAAAUGCUCUCUCCAGGGGCCUCAGUGACCGUGUUGCUAAACCCAGUGGUCAGUUCUCAGUUCUCAGCCAUCAGCAGCAUUUGCUCGCCCCUGCCUUCUUCCUCCACUUUCUUCACUUGCUUCCAGGACACCACGCUUUCUUUUCUGAAUUGCUACAAUCUUCCUUGCUUCCUUCCUUGCUUCCUUCCUUCUUUCCCUCUCUCCCUCCCUCCCUCACUUCUUCCCUUCCUCCCUUCCUCCCUUCCUACUUUCCUUACUUCCUUCUGACAGGGUCUUGCUCUAUUGCUCUGUCACCCAGGCUGGAGUGCAGUGGCGAGAUCUCAGCUCACUGUAGCCUCCUCCUCCUGGGUUAAAGCAAUUCUCAUGCCUCAGCCUCCCAAGUAGCUAGGACUAUAGACGUCUGCCGCCACGCCUGGCUUUUCUUUUUCCUUUCUUUCCUUUCUUUCCUUUCCUUUUCUUUUCCUUUCCUUUCCUUUCCUUUCCUUUCCUUUCCUUUCCUUUCCUUUCCUUUCCUUUCCUUUCCUUUCCCUUUCUUUCUUUCCUUCCUUCCUUCCUUCCUUCCUUCCUUUCUUUCUUUCUUUUCUUCUUUCUUUUCUUUUUUUUUUUUUUUUUUUGAGACAGAGUCUUGCUCUUGUUGCCCAGGCUGGACAACAAUGGCGCGAUCUCAGCUCACUGCAACCUCCACCUCCCGGGUUCAAGCGAUUCUCCUGCCUCAGCCUCCUGAGUAGCUGGAACUACAUGCGCGUGCCACCACGCACAGCUAAUUUUUAUAAUUUUAGUAGAGACGGGGUUUCACUACGUUGGCCAGGAUGAUCUCGAUCUCUUGACCUUGGGAUCCACCCGCCUUGGCCUCCCACAGUGCUGGGAUUACAGGUGUGAGCCACCAUGCCCAGCCCUAAUUUUUGUGUUUUUAUUAGAAAUAGAGUUUCACCAUGUUGGCCAGGCUGGAGAAUUGCUGUAAUAGUUUUCCAACUGGCCCCUGUGCUUCCUCUGUCUUGCUCUCCUCCCAUCUCAUCUGCACCUAGCAGCCAGAGUGAUCCUGACACUCUCGGCCUUUACUUCCGCCUCCCUCAGAGCAGUAGCCUGUCAAAACACCAGAUUACAACAAAUUUAGUUUAAAGGUCUCAAUUAGCGUUAUUGGCAAUUCUAGAAUCAGGCAAUAGACUCAUUGAAUCAGGAACAGAUUCACUCCAUAAAAUACAAAGAGUGUUCCAAUGAGCUGGGUAGAAGAGGUUAGUUUUAUAGACAGGAAGGGGCUGUCAAAGGCAGAAAGAAAUGAAGAACAAAAAAAAAGAUUGAUUUUUUUUUUUUUUGAGACAGGAUCUCACUCUGUCAUCCAGGCUGAAGUCCAAUCCCACAGUCAUGGCUCACUGCAGCCACCACCUCCUGAGCUCAAGUGAUCCUCCCAUCUAAGCCCCCAAGUAGCUAGGACUACAGGAGCACACCACCACACCUGGCUAAUUUUUGUAUUUUUUGUAGAGACAGGGUCUCACUAUGUUACCCAGGUUGGACUGGAACCCCUUGGCUCAAGCAAUUUGCCUGCCUCAGCCUCCCAAAGUGCUGGGAUUACAGGCGUGAGCCACUGCACAGGGCCAGCUUUGUCAUUUCAAAGUUACUUUCUAUAUGUGGCCGGAACCGGAACAGGGUGGUUGACAUCAGUUUUCUUCAGGGUACUUUUUAAUAAUGAUUAAAACAGGGGGAACUUCA